ACGCGUCUGGCAGCAGCGGUCUCGUGAUGAGCUCUCGGUGUCUUAUUUUCACUCGUUUCAAAGCAACGGUAAGUUUAUCCAGUCACGCUCUCCGCGGAAUUCUUCCGCGCGUCUACAGUUUCCCUCACCGUCUUGCUUCGCAAUCCUCGAAACCAUAUUACAUCACGACUCCCGUCUUCUACGUGAACGCGCCUCCGCACAUCGGUCACGUGCAUUCCGCGGUCACUGCUGACUGCCUGCACAGAUACAAACUCUUAAAGGGAUACACCUCCAGAUUUGCAACAGGUACAGAUGAACACGGUCUCAAGAUCCAGCAGGCAGCUAGUAAUGCUGGGAAAGAGCCUCUGAGCUUCUGCACCGAGAUCUCAGAGACUUUCAAGCAUGUUUUCCAGAGAUGUGGCAUUUCAUACACUGACUACAUCCGAACAACAGAGCAGAGGCACAGACAGGCCGUCGAAGACUUCUGGAUGGUCCUCCAGAGCCAGGGCUUCCUCUAUAAAGGCACGUAUGAAGGCUGGUACUCCACUCCAGAUGAGAGUUUUCUCACAGCAGCUCAGGUCACGGACAGCACAGACGCAGAAGGACGAAGGGUUAAAGUCUCCAGCGAGAGCGGACAUAAGGUGGAGUGGAUGAAGGAGGACAAUUACAUGUUUCGUCUAUCAGAGUUUCGCACUGAGUUGCUUCGCUGGCUUCGAUCGAACCCGAAGGUGAUCCAGCCGGUGAAGUUUCAGGACUUGGUUCUCCAGUGGCUGGAGGACGAUAUCCCAGAUCUGUCAGUGUCCCGGCAGAAGAGCCGGCUCCGGUGGGGAAUCCCAGUCCCGGGGGAUCCCGAACAAACCGUCUACGUGUGGCUGGACGCUCUGGUGAACUACCUGACGGUGGUGGGGUACCCCGAGAGUCACGCUCACUGGUGGACGGCGGUGCGUCACAUCGUGGGUAAAGACAUCCUCAAGUUCCACGCUGUAUACUGGCCGGCGUUCCUCAUGGCUGCGGGCUUGCCUCUUCCUCAGACGAUAUACGUUCACUCGCACUGGACGGUGGAGGGACGGAAGAUGUCCAAGAGUCUCGGAAACGUGAUCAACCCGUUGGACGCCGUCGAGAAGUUCGGUGUGGAUGCUAUGAGAUACUUUCUUCUCAGGCAAGGUGUUCCGGAUUCGGACUGUGACUAUUACGACGAUAAAGUGGUGAAGAUGUGCAACAGCGAGUUAGCGGAUGCGUUAGGAGGACUAUUAAACCGUUGCACCGCACCCUCGCUCAACCCCUCACAGGUGUAUCCUCGCUUCUCCGACGCUUGCUUCCCAAAGGAACAGCUUUGUGGAAAAGCCGUUUCGGAGGAUUACAGAAUGGUGGAGGCCGUUUCAACGCUUCCGGGUUUAAUAGAGCAGCACUUUGAGAAUCUAAACAUCUAUAAAGGACUAGAGGCCAUUAGUGCAUGCGUGCGGCUCACGAACGGCUUCGUCCAAAGACAUGCUCCGUGGAAGCUGGACCGGAGGGAAGACCGGGAAUGGCUUGACACCAUCCUUCACGUGUCUUUAGAGUGCCUCAGGGUGUAUGGGAUACUCCUGCAACCUGUGGUGCCAGGGCUUGCCGAUAAAAUAUUAUCUAGGUUGGGAGUCGCGUUUGAAGAGAGGAGCUGGGAUUGUCUUAACUUCCUGAAGAGAUAUGAAGGAGGAGACUGUGGACUGGAAGGAAGAGUGCUGGGUCCUGAUUUGGGAGUGUUGUUUAGUCGUCUAGAGAGGAGCCCGGUGAAAAAGAAGACUCCCAAAAUGGAAACAACACAAGACGAAGGAAAAUCUUAAUGAAUAGUUAUAUGAAUAUGAUUUAAUAAAAGAUAGUGAUGGAUGGUGUUGGGGUUCAGUGACGCUUUAUACAAAUAUACAACAAGGCAUAAAAACAGACAUGUUUUUUUUUAAUGAGAAAUACACAACAAAACUGAAAAAAUUGUACAAAUUGAAAUAAAAUAAGUCGCAAUACUCUCAUAA